AUUUUGCGUCUGUGUCCGUGAGUUGGCAGAACGCUUUUUAAUUUCCAAGUCCAUCAUCCAGCGUCCGCGAAAGAAAGGCAGGCGAACGAAAAGUUUUGGAGCCAGUUUGUUGCGUUCCGUCGUAGUGUUUUCCCAGAUCUUUGUCCCCGAUUCUUGAGAAAAAGGCGGUCACUUUUAAGUAACAGAUUGAUUUCUGUCAAUUUCCGUAGAAGUGGAAGUGGAAAUUGCGAUUGUUUCAUUGAACAGUGAGCGAGGAAAGUCUAGCAGUUUAGUGCGAUGGCCGAUGAUCAGCAGCAACCGGGACCGUCGAACCAGCAGGAUCAACCCCAAGGGGACGGCAAGGAGCAGAAGCCCCAGGGUAGGAAGCGGAAGCUCUCCACUAAGCGGCAGAAUGCCAACAAGCGAAAUGGAUCUCCCGAUACGGAAAACGAGAUGGAUGCCGAGAAGAUCAAGUUCCUUCUGGAUCCGGUUUUGAAUGCUCUGCGUAGCCUUCCGAAUGGCAACGAAAGUGAAACCAUGAAAAUGUUGAUCUCCACUCUCCAGCCGUCCCAAAUGGAGAUUGAGAUGGCUUUGACCAAGGUGAAGAUCGAUAUGGACAGGGUCCUUGGCUUCCCGAACAAUUCCUACCAGAUUUACGAUUUCGGGUCCAUCAAAUCCGGACUGGCGUUCCGUGACUCGGAUCUGGAUUUCUACGUGCACUACGAGAAGAACUGCGAGAGCAAGCAGGAGCAAACCAAGGUGAUUCAUAUCAUCCACGGCCGGAUGGCAAGGGAAGGAACGUUCCACGGGUUGGUGAAGAUUCUGGGAGCUAAGGUGCCCCUGUUGCGGGCCAUUCACGGUCCCACCAAUCUGACGUGCGACAUUAACUUUUCCAACGCCCGCGGGUGCUACAACAGCAAGUUUAUCUUCGCGGUUACAAGAUUUGAUCCCCGCAUCCAUAAACUGGCAAUCAUCAUCAAGUUCUGGGCAAAGUGUGCGUUCUUGCUGACGAAUCACCGUCAGAUGAACACCUACUGCAUCAUUAUGAUGUUGAUUUUCUACUUGCAAACCAAGAAGCUCCCUUUGCUGCCAGCGGUUCAAGACCUCCAAAAGGGCAUCCCUCGCGUCAACUUCGGUCCGUGGAACCUCGGGUACCCGAAGGACAUCAAGUUCACGACGAUGAACAAGGAGUCGAUUCGCUUGCUGUUGUUGAACUUCUUCAAGUAUUACUCUACGUUUGAAUUUGAGAAGAAUCUCAUUUCUCCCUUUGUGGGCCGCUUAUGCGCAGUGGAGGAGAUGAAGCAGAAGAAAGUGCGCGAGUUGCAGCCGUAUUACCGGGCGGUCGAGCACCAAAACUUCCCGGAGUUCAACUAUGGAACGCAGAUCUCCAUCCAGGAUCCGUUCGAGUUGAAUAUGAACAUCGGAGGUGUCCUCAAUUCGGCCGCUCACUUUGAGCAGUUCAAGCUGAGCUUCAAAACGGCUCACGAAGUUAUGUGUGAAACUAAUUCGGAACCGUUCAACAAGGUGCUAGAAAGCUUGUUCACGAAGACCAAGCGGUACCAGAAGCUGACCAAGAAUGCGGCCGCAUCCGUAGUGUCCAAGAAUGGAACCGUCCCAAAAACGGUGGAUGUUUCCGCCCACUGGAGAAUCUGCCGAUUGCUACCGGUGGAAUAUGAGCUAUUCAUCGUGCGUCAGAUUUUGCUUGCCAGGAAAACUGACAAGGAUGCCAUUAUCACCGAGCGCCAAAUUAAGGACGUCUGGGCAGAUUGCAUGUUAGACUUUAUCGAGGACAUCUUGCAGAAGAUCUACCUUUGCAAAGUUGAGCCCAUUAAGGAUGCCGAACGCGCAUCAAGCGUUCCCAAAAUAUUAAAAGGGAAGACGUCCGCACUUUUGAACUGUCCUGCGAACGUCAAGUUAUCUUCAAGCGAGCACGAUUGCAGAUCAAUAACGAGCAGGAGUUGAACAACGAGAUCGCCAUCAGCAAGAACCGAUGGGAGAUCAAUAGACCGCUGGUGUUCUCCACUCGGGUUGACAUGUUCAAGACGAACGACGCCAUCGAGUUCCACAUUCCAGAGGAGCACCACAAGAACGGAUCGAUCCGGGUGUUUAUCGAGGCUUGCUUCCUGACGCAGAUCCGCAAGUGUAUCAAGGGCUACUUCAAGGUGAUGUUGGCCAAGACGGAAGAGAAGGCGAAGGCGGCUGCGGCUGGGGUCACUGCAAUGGAGACUGAAGUCCAGGCACAAUCCGCUCAGUAAGAUGUAUGGGACGAGGAGAAACGAGACGACGUUUGAGGAUGUGUGACGAUGAAUGGGAGACUUUUUUUAACAUAAAUUUUAUGUUUUUCUAUUUUAUUAAAAUGAUUGAAGCGUGUACCUAAUGCUUUGUAA